AUGUACAUAAUGCAUCAAAACAUAGUGCGUCUAGUCGGCGUCGCCGCCGCUAUACUUGCUGCUGCCAAUGCCACCGCUUCCCCCGUGCUUUGCGGCGCCAUUGACGCGGUGUGGCAGGAGCAAGCUGCCGUGGUGGGCAACUACCCCGAGUGCGCGUCCUACUAUGACAGCUCCAAUCUGGACCAGACUGUCGACCUCGACUCUGAACACCCGCACAUGGCCCGAUUCAAUGCCUGCAAACGCUACAGUGCCACCACCUGGGCAUGCCCUACCAUUGACGAGCAGGAGGGUGCCGAAUCUGAGCAAACUGAGCAAGGAAACCACGACUCUCUGACGGCUAGGCGCUUUCGCAAACGCGCUGUAUGGACGAUUUCUGACAUUGAAAGGCGCGCGGUCAUCAAUAACAGUGAAUCUGAGCAAGCUGACGAGACCAACCGCGAUUCUACAAAGGCUGGAAGACUUUGCAGACGGACCUUUACCAACGCUCAUUGGGGUUGCCCUGGCGCUGGCAAGCGUGAGGAGGUCCAAGGCACCAAAGUCCAAAAUGGCAACUGGCCUCCUCACAAGCGCGAGGUCCUCGCGGCCUCCAAUGUCGAUGCCAAGGUGGGCUCUGGGCUCGCUGUGGCUGCAAAACCGCCCGGCAACUGGCCACCGCAUAUACCCGAGGGCCUUGGGCUCGACAUGGCUUCAAAGCCUCCCGGCAACUGGCCUCCUCAUAAGCGCGAGGCCCCCGCGGCUUCCAAUACCGAUGUCAAGGUGGACACUGGCAUCAAUGUGGCGGCUUCAAAAUCUCCUGGCAACUGGCCGCCGCAUACGCGCGAGGGCCUUGGGCUCGAUGUGGCUUCAAAACCUCCUGGCAACUGGCCGCCGCACAAGCGUCGAGACGCCGCGGACGAGGAGUAA